UUUGCCUGCCCUUUCUUUGCCCUUCGCUACGCUUGCGACUCCCAAACCCAGACAAAAACCUUUGCAGCGCCGAGCAAGAGCAGCAGCAGUCCCUCUGUGCAUGCCUUCGAAGCUCCCAAGGUUCCAUGCUCGCCCGCGUUCGCCGAUGCAAUCCCCUCCGCCUCCCCGCUAGUUCUCCAAUCCUCUUCUCCAUGCCGUCCUUGCUCUCGGCGGCCAAGCCCUCCGCCACCGCCGCCGCCGCCGCCGCCGCCGUGCUCGACCGCGGCGGCGACCACGACCCUAUCCCCGCUGCCUCGAGCCCCGGCGACCCUUUUCGUGAAGUCAUUGCUGCGUUGAGGAGUUCGGGAGUGGAGGGUUUCCUUGCUUCUCCUCGCUUCGGGGCCGUAGUGUCGAAGUUGAAUGGGUUCCAGGUCGACCGGGUAGUGGGCGCUUUGCAGGCCGAGAGCCCGGACUCGGCGGUCGCUUUCUUUGACGUUUUGAGGAACGUGUACGGGUUCCGGCAUUCGAGGUUCUCUUGGUUGCUGAUCUCGCAUGUCUUGGCUGGGAAGUGGGAGCUGGGGCGGUUGCGUUGGGUUCUUCAGCAAAUGGUGGAGGAAGAAGGCUCUGGCUCCGCACCUGCCCUUUGUGAGGUUUUGUCGAGUAGCUUCUGCGAUUGGGAAUCGAGUGGUGUCAUGUGGGAUGUUCUUGCCUUUGCUUAUUCAAGAGCCGGGAUGGUGCAUGACGCCCUCUUUGUCCUUGCCAAGAUGAAGGAUUCGAGAUUGCGAGCUUCUACAACGACAUAUAAUAGUCUAUUGCAUAACUUGAGGCACACUGAUAUCAUGUGGGAUGUAUAUAAUGAGAUCAAAGCGAGUGGCAUCCCUCACAGUGAAUACACUCAUUCCAUUAUUUUGGAUGGCCUCUGCGGGCAGUCGAGAUUUCAAGAUGCAGUUAAAUUCUUCUGGGAGACUAAUAAGAUGGAAUUUGGGCCCUCGGUUGUGUCGUUUAAUACCCUCAUGUCAAGGUUUUGUAAAUUGGGUUUUCUGGAUGUUGCUCAGUCAUUCUUUUGUACGAUGCUCAAGUUUGGACUGCCACCUGAUACAUACACUUACAAUAUCCUCGUCCAUGGUUUAUGUGUAGCAGGUUCCAUGGAAGAGGCAAUAGAAUUUGCAAAUGAUAUGGAGAAGAAUGGAUUGGGUCCUGAUGUUGUGACAUUCAAUAUUCUUGCUAAAGGAUUUCAUCUCCUGGGUCUAAUGAGUGGGGCUGGGAACGUCCUUAAGAACAUGCUGCUCAAAGGGUUGCAUCCUGAUCAGGUAACGUACACCAUUCUUAUAUGCGGACAUUGUCAGGCGGGCAAUAUAGAUGAAGGCUUAAAGCUUAGGGAGGAGAUGCUUUCACUGAAUUUGCCAUUGAAUUGCAUCUCAUACACAGCACUGCUCAGCAGCCUGUGCAAAAGUGGUCGAGUUGUUGAAGCAUUGAACUUGCUCUAUGAAAUGGAAGCUACUGGCGUGCGACCAGACGUAGUGACUUAUUCUAUCCUCAUCCAUUCACUUUGCAAGCAAGGAGAAGUUCAAAAAGCUAUUAUGGUCUAUCGGGACAUGAUAUCAAAGAGGAUCUUUCCAAAUUCCUUUACACAAACUUCCAUUCUGCUGGGAAUGUGUCAAAGGAGGACUAUAAAAGAGGCUAGGAUGUAUUUCGAUGCUCUCACCAGAAGCAAUUCGACAGAUUGUGUUGUUUGGUAUAACAUUAUGAUUGAUCAGUAUGCAAAAUGUGGAAAAAUUGGAGAAGCUGUGGAUCUCUACAAACAGAUUGUUACAAAGGGGAUCACUCCUAGUACUGUAACUUUUAACUCUCUCAUUUAUGGAUUCUGCAAACAAAGAAAACUUGACGAGGCUAGGUGGUGGUUGGAUGCUAUGAAGGUAUAUGGACUGAUACCUAGCGCCAUAACUUAUACUAUUCUUAUGAAUGCAUUUUGUGAAGAACGUAAUAUGAAGAGCAUGCUGGCAUUGUUUCAUGAGAUGGAAACAAAAGCUGUAGUUCCGACACAUGUCACGUACACAGUGAUCAUUAAAGGACUUUGCAGGCAAUGGAAGCUGCAAGAGGCUGUGCAAAUCCUCAAUGACAUGUAUGCUAAGGGCUUAAGACCUGACCAAGUCACCUAUAAUACCAUUAUUCAGAGCUUCUGCAAAGCAAGAAACCUGGAAAAUGCAUUUCGGUUGCACACUGAGAUGUUAGCACAUGACCUUGUGCCCACUCCAGUUACUUAUAAUCUACUUAUAAAUGGACUUUGUGUAUAUGGUGAAUUAACAGAUGCUGAUAGCUUGCUUAUUUCUCUUCAAGACAGAAAUGUGAGCCUGACAAAGGUUGCUUAUACCACCAUCAUCAAAGCACAUUGUGCGAAGGGUGAUGUGCAAAGAGCAAUUUUUUACUUCAGUCAAAUGAUGGAGAAGAGAUUUGAAAUAUCAAUUAGAGAUUAUAGUGCUGUAAUUAAUAGAUUAUGCAAACGGUCCUUACUUACUGAAGUUAAGUUUUUUUUCCUCAUGAUGUUAUAUGAUGGCAUAUAUCCAGAUCAUCAGAUAUGUGAAGCAAUGCUCAAUGCUUUUCAUGAGGGUGGGGAUCUUCAAUCAUACUUCCAACUUCUGGGCAAGAUGAUUAAAUUUGGCUUGCUCCUAGAUUAAGCAUGGGGAUUUAACUAUUGAUGCCCCUCAUGGGAAGGAAAGCUGUGUGUCCAUGUAGAAAUUGACAUAACAGUAUGGUAUUCCCUCAGAUUUUAUGCAUUCUGAACACUGAUUUAUAAAUGGAGCUGGUUGCCCUCAUUGAACUCUUCAACUGCACUCCCUGGUGAUCAGACAUGGUUCGUCUUAUUGGUUAAUCUGUGUGGAAUAUGCUCCAUUUCAAUGUUUCCGUUGAAUGUCCACAUCAGUUGACACUGGAAGAGAAAAGGUGAAGAGCUACAACUUUUCCAAUGGGAUAAAGACGUAUAAGAUACAAUGGAUAAGUAAAGCAUCAGCUGCCCAGUGUGCUGGAAGAACUGGAAGAACUAGUCCUGGUCAUUGCUACUGUCUCCACUCUUCUCCAGUCCUUAUUAAAACAUAUUUUGUGACUUCUUGGCUGAAAUAUCUAAAUACCUGUUGAUGGGGUUGUCGUUCUUAUGAAAUCUAUGGGUAUCCAUAAGGUAGGUCCUAUGCAAUCCUGCUCUGCUAGAUAAUAAUAUGAUUUUCAUGAUGAAGUACAAUGAUUUGUACCUCUGCAUUGUGAAUGUCCAUGCAGGGCCUUUAUCUUGUGCAGCAUCGCUAAAUAAAACUGCCUCUGCGAGGUUGCAAAUUUUCCAUUUGCAUCACAGCCUGAAGCAACAGCCUUGCUUGAAGCAGAGUGCAGCCUGAAGGCUCUUGAAGCACUUGGCAGUAAUGGGAAACUGACAUCCUUUGGGAAAGCCAUGGCUCAUUAUCCAAUGAGUUCCGCCAUUCGAGGAUGCUCCUAACUGUCAUUUAAAUCAUGAAGAUGGUUGAUAAUUGAGCUUGGAUUAAUCGUGGGGACUCCAUCUUUGAUGCCCUGAAGCUCUUUGCUUGUAUAAGCUUGCGUAAGAGCAUCCGUCCCCCGUGUUGCAGUUUCGUGCAUUGUUGGGGGGGGAGGGGAGGAAUGACCCUUCAUGGGCAUUAAAUGCCUGCAAAGCGAAGAUAGCCUACGACUUAUCAAAGCCAAACAAGGCAUACUAGCAGUUUGAACAUCACCCUUCUUUCCUGUUUAUUACUCUGUAACUGGGUAGACAGUUUAUUUAGUCUUGCUCAGCAUAGGAAAACAAACUGUCCACUAAGUGCAAAUAACGGAAGCUGAUCUUUUCUUCU